AUGUUUCGGGAAGUGUUCACAAUAUACGGGCACUGCUGUCAGUUCGACGUUAAUUAUUUCACAGAGUUUGCAGGCAACGACACAAACUUGUCGGCAGGCGUACUCAAGUUAGAGGCGCUGGACAUCAUUGUGGACAGCAUGAAGGUUUAUCCCAACGGAACUCUGUACAUAUUCGACCAAGAUAAUCAGUUGUCACUCCUCGACAGUCCCAUUUCUCUGAUCCCAGCCACUUAUUUUGACGUCAGAAUUGACGUAUGGAUCAUCGAGGCCGGGGAUGAAAUUAAAAAUCUACAACUAGGAAAUGACGCACAACGCCAUAUGCGCACCAUCAUAUCACAGAGGGAGUGUUACCAGACAUGUGACUACGUGCAGUAUGAGACCAAAACAGACUAUUCGAAACCAACGAGAAUAAAAUCAAGUAAAAAGGAGAACAGUGGCUUCAGUCGCGUUUCUGUGCAUUUUUCUGACAACCUCUGCAUUAAAUACAGGAGAGAGGUCCUUUACACUUGGGAUCAGAUGUUGGCGAAUUUUGGAGGAAUCUUCGGACUUUGUUUGGGCGGUUCUAUUAUUAGCAUUAUAGAGCUAGUUUGGUUUAUAUUCGAUUUACUUGCGACACUUUUUCAUUAUUUAUGUACAAAAGAAAAAAAUAAGACUGAAGUCUUUAUUAGUGAAGGGACUGUCCGUCUUGAAAAGCCCUAG